AUGAGAUUUAUGUUUAAAGUUCUACUACUAGCAAAUGUGUAUUACAUUAUAGUUUUGUGUUUUUUGAAAAACAGUCACUCAAGUAAGGACAAUGUUUUUUUAUAUAUACAAAAAAAGAAUGUUAUCUUCAAAAUUUUGAAUUUUCAAAAAAGUAAAAAUGUACGUAAAAAAUGUAACAGGGUUGUGUAUAUGACGAAUAAGGAAAAUAAUGAGCAGACAAGUGAAAAAGGCCAAGAGGAGGAAAAAAAAAAAAAAAAAAGUGUAAAAUUUUAUGGGUUCUCACAUAUAUAUAAACAUUUAAAUUUGGAUAAAGGUAACUUAACACAUAAGGAGGAAGAAAAUGUAGGAAAAGCGGAAGAAAUAGAAGUAGUAGCAGGAACAGAUGAGGACGAAACAGGCCCCUCUAUAGAAGCGAGUAGUGAUGCUGCAAAUAUGAGAAACAACAGUCUACUAGUCAAGGAUGACCCGAAUAGGAUACAGAAAAUGAAGUUCGAAAAUAUAUAUGACUACAGCAGUAUAUUUAAAGAAAAGGAAAAAAAAAUUGAAGUGAGAAAAUAUAUAGGGAAUAUUUUUCAAAAACUUCCUAAAUUUAAGGACAACUUAAAGGUUAUUAAAGACGCGUUAUUAUAUCUGAAGUUUAUAGAAAAAGGGAAUUUAUAUUUAAUUAAGAAUGUUGAUAAGAAGAGUGUAAAUUGUGAACCUUAUGAUGAUUUGUCCAAUACGAAAAGAAAAAAAAAAGGAACUAAAAAAGAUAAAAUAAAAUUAGAAUUAACGAGUAUUUAUAAUAAUAUAAAUAAAGAAAAACAUAUGAAAAAAAGGAUAUGUAAAGAAUGUUGUAUUAAAGUUGAUUUAUAUACAAAACUUUUAUCGAGGCCUUUAAAUAAUAUUUAUAAUUUACAUAAAAAUAUAAAAAAAUUUUUACACCCUUUUCAGUAUAGUUUAUAUGAAAAUGCAGUAACGAUAUUAUAUAAAGAUGGAGAAGUAACAAAUUCGUUAAGUGAUGUUUUAAAUAAUAUUUUAGAUAUUAGAAAAUUAAUUACAAUAACAGGAAAAACAUAUGCUGGUCAGCUGAAAUAUUUAAAAACAUGUAGAGAAAUUUUUAAAAAGUUAAAUGAAGCUAUAGUAGAUCUUAAUAUUAUUUUACAGUCAGGUAGGAAAUGGUUAGAUUUAUAUAAUUCGUAUAUAAAAAAAAUAAGAAAAAUAAAAUAUAUAGAUAUAACACAACCUGCUAUAUCAAUUAUAGGUUGUACUAAUGUAGGAAAAAGUAGUAUUCUUAAUUCUAUUACUAAUUCUAAAUCACGGAUAGCUGAUUAUAAUUUCACUACUAAAGAAUUCAAUUUAGGCCAUUAUUCAUUUACAAAUGAAAGUGAUAUAUUGACAACACAAAUUAUGGACUUACCAGGUUUAAUAAAUCGAUCAGAAGACAAAAGAAAUAUUAUGGAAAAAUUAUCUCUUUCUUCUUUAAAAAAUAUACCUUCAGGAGUUAUAUAUGUUUUUGAUCCUUUAAAAAAAGAUGAUCAUAAAUUCUCUUCUUUGAAAUCACAAAUUGAUAUUCGAUACUAUUUAAGAGGAUUAUUUCCUUUUAGACCAUGGAUUGAUGUCAUAACAAAAUCGGAUCUAAUAAACUUUGAUCAGGUCGAUAUACCAAAAGAUAUAAAGGAAAAUGCUCUCUUUGUCUCUGCAAUGAACAAAGAUUCUUUACUACCCCUGAAGGAUAAAAUUAAUGAAAUAACACUCAAACUGAACAAUUUUUUGAGCAAGCAUACAAUGGAAUGA